UGCGAGGUGGAGAGCAGCGGCCCCGUGGAGGCCGGCCCCGGCGCCUGCACCUUCGACUCCCGGCACCUCUACACCAAGAAGGUCUGCGGCGAGAGCUCCGUUCGCGCCGUCUCCUACAAUAUCCUGGCCGACACCUAUGCCCAGACAGAGUUCUCCCGCACCGUGCUCUACCCCUACUGCGCCCCGUAUGCCCUGGAGCUCGACUACCGGCAGAACCUGCUCAAGAAGGAGCUGGCAGGCUACAGUGCCGACCUCAUCUGCUUGCAAGAAGUGGAUAAGUCCGUCUUCGUGGACAGCUUGGCUCCAGCCCUGGAUGCUUUUGGACUUGAUGGGCUCUUCAAGAUCAAGGAGAAGCAGCACGAAGGCCUGGCCACUUUCUACCGCAGGGACAAGUUCAGCCUCCUUAGCCGGCACGAUAUAGCUUUCAGCGAAGCCCUGCUCUCGGACCCGCUGCACAAGGAGUUGUGUGAUAAGCUGGCCAAGUACCCCUUGGUGCAGGAGAAGGUGCUGCAGAGAUCAUCUGUGCUGCAGGUCUCAGUUCUUCAGUCUACAACUGAUCCUUCCAGGAAGAUUUGUGUAGCUAAUACCCACCUAUACUGGCAUCCAAAAGGUGGGAACAUCCGUCUCAUCCAAAUUGCUGUAGCCUUGUCUCACAUCAAGCACGUAGCGUGCGACCUGUAUCCUAGCAUACCAAUCAUAUUCUGUGGAGAUUUUAACAGUACACCAUCGUCUGGAACUUACAGUUUCAUUAACAGUGGUGGCAUUGCUGAGGAUCACGAAGACUGGGCCUCCAAUGGCGAAGAAGAAAGGUGCAAUAUGCCUCUAAGCCAUCCUUUCAAACUGCUAAGUGCUUGCGGAGAACCUGCUUAUACAAACUAUGUUGGUGGGUUUCAUGGAUGUCUGGACUACAUUUUCAUUGACAAAAAUGCUUUGGAGGUUGAACAGGUCAUUCCAUUGCCAAGUCAUGAAGAAGUAACAACCCAUCAGGCUUUGCCAAGUGUUUCUCACCCUUCUGAUCAUAUAGCACUAAUAUGUGACUUAAAGUGGAAAUAAAUCAGCUCUUGCAUGGUGCUCGUGAGGGUUUUUGAACAAGAAAUUUAACUUACUGAUGGGGAACUGAGGUUACACCCUGGCUUUCAUGCUACUAAAAGGAAAGUCAGAAUGAUUACUGAGAAAUUCACGUGUUUAAUGGUUCUACCUAAUGUUAUCUCUCUGUUCAGAAUAUUUGCAUGAUGGCUUUUACCUUCCCUUUUUAUAUCCUAAUAGGAAAAAUAUAUUUAAGAUGGGGUUUUGAAAACUGGAUUAUCACACACACCUUUUUAUCGGUGUUUUUAAAGGAUUAAGAACUAUUUUAUUAAAAAAAGCACGUGAAUUUGAUCUUAGUGUACAAACUGAACCCUGCUUAAUUCAGAACCAAAUGCAGAACCUGAAAACAAAUGGAUUUAGUUGAUUCAUCCUCAUUGUAAUUAUUGUCAUAAGGCAAUUUUUUUAUAGUAAGUUCAGAAAUUGUCUUGUUCACUUACCAUGUCCCAAUUUUUAGUAAGUGGCAUGAACAAUGUACUUGUACCUACUACCUUCUAAAAAGAUGUUCUUUAAUUAUCAGUGAAUAGGCUUUCUGUCAACAAUCAACCAUGUUAAAUUCAAGGUUAUAACUGAUUCGGAAUCUUUUUGCUUGCCUGCUUAAUAUGGGUAACAAGGGUAACUUUAGCACCUGGUGAAAUUGGACUACAUAUCCAGGUAGCAUUUACUUUGAACAUCUAUUCCUCCUGUUGUUUAUAGUCAUUGGCAAUAAAAGAAAUACUGAAGUUUAGGACAGCCAACUCUGGAUGCGAGGGAACUUUUUAACAAUAUAAUCUUUUCAGGUAGGGGGAGAUACAGAACAGUUGAUGCGGUGCAUUAGCUACCUGUGCCUAAACCUUUAAGAAGAAACGCAAGUGACUUACUACAUACAAAGACCACCCAAAUUUUUAAUAGUGUUUUUACCUGCAUUUUUUUCCUUCUAGAAAUAUGCUAUGGUCUUCCCUAUUUUGUAGGAGAUAAUUUGGAUGUGGGGAAAUGCAUUUUAUCUGUACCUUCAUUGAAUGUGGAGGGGUUUGAAGCAUUUAACAAGCUUCUUUCCCUGCAUCGUUAGUCCAUAUGAAACAAACAACAUGUGAAAACCAUUUCACUAGAUCUCCCUCUUUCACCUAAUAAAGUUCCCUUUUCAAUUACCACUGUUGUCAACUGUUUGGGGUUUUUUUUCCUAAUUACUGGUGUCUUUCAUGGCAAAACAAGUCUGCCCAGGCUGAUAAAAGCUGUGCACACUGUACUUGCACAACUACUUGCCACCACUGCAUUCUGGUGGACUGUAGGUUGUAGCUGGGAUUCACUAAACUGU